AUGGUUUUGCCUUUCGUUAUCGGUUGUGGUCUCGCCCUCUCAGCAACUUUUGUUCUUUGGAAAGGUUCUAAAAAGAUCGACGAUAUUCGACACGAUGUCAAGGAUACCGUAAAAACUGCUGCAGAUAUUGCGACUGAUGUCCGACUUGAUGCACUUAAUAUUGUCACGAGGUUUGCGCUUACGAUCGGUCAUAUUGCACAUAACUUAACUAAGAACAUGGAUGAACUCACUUAUGGUUGUCUUGAAUCUCUUACAAUGCUAACAAAUCGUAUUGAUACUAGUAUUCGAAAAACAGUGAUGAUGGAUGCAAAUAAACCUUUAAUACAACAACAGUUGAUUCCAAAGAGAUUAACAUAUAAACCAUGUGCUGUUGUUAUGGGAAGAACAGGGGCUGGAAAAACUACAUUAAUUAAUUCACUUUGUAGAACACAACAUGCAGCAGGUGAAGGAGCAGGAAGCGUUACUCGAAAUCUUUUUCGUAAUGAUGUUCGCUAUGGUGAAAAUACAUUUUCUUUAAUUGAUACACCUGGAACUGAUAGUUCAACUGAAACAUAUAAGCACGCUUUUCUAUUAAGAGAAGCUUUAACAGCAACUAAAAUUAAUACCAUUUUUAUCGUUAUUAAAUAUGAUAAUCGAUUUGAUAAAAUGAUUGAAAAUUAUUUUGAAGUCGAACAACCAGUCUAUAAUUAUAGUAAGAAAAUUAUCGUGAUGAUUUCUCAUUGGGAUCAAUCAAAAAAUCCACAGAACACUUAUAAAGAAAUUUGUGAAUUAUUUCAAGAUGAAUGUACAAAUGUGGCUAAUUUAAUUUUUUAUUCGGAACAAAAUUUUAAAACAGAAGUAGCAAAUUUAAUGUAUAGUUGUAUGUCCAACAUGAACGAAGAAAAAUUACAUAUAAAAGACGAAGAUUUCUUUUUAAGAUUUAACAUAUAUGAAAUGAAAAGUCGGAUAAAAGUUUCAUUUGGACAAUAUAAAAAAAAAGCAAAUCUACUUGUGCAAGAAUAUACAGAUUUGAUUAAUUCUGUUAGAUCUGAAUCUGUUGAAGAUAAAGAUGAAGCAUUACAUAUGACCAUAGUCAAGUUUAGAGAUGAAAUGGAAACACUUUUACAAGACUUUCAACAACAACACGUUGGUACAAUGGAAGAAUUAGAUUACUAUGCAUUUUCCAUUAAAAUGGAAAAAGAAAAUCUUGAAAAUUGUGAUAAAUUUGUUGAAAAAGUUGUACCAUUAAUGUCUUAUAGUUUAACUGAUAAUCAAGAUCCGAGAAAUCUAAUCAAAAGAUGUCCACAUUGUAAAUUAAUUUGGUUCAAAACGGAAGGUUGUGACGGUCUGACAACUUGCGGUAACAACAAAUUUUCAAGGCCUAAAGACGUCAGUGACAAAGCCUUUUGGAAAUAUCAGUUGGAACGAAUAGGUGGAAAGCUUCAAUUUGUAAAAAAUUCGACAGAUAAAAAUAUUUUUAAAGAAAUGACUAAUGAUGCCGAAGAAGAUUUUGAAGAAAAUGUUCAAAAACAUUUUGAUACAGAUAUUCAAAAUGUGGAACCAAACUUAGAAGAACUGGCUGUCCUUCGUGAAAGACCAAUGAAACAAUUAAAACAAAUGUUUCGAUCAUUCUUCGUAGAUAUCACCGAACAAAGCACUGAAAAUAUCAACGAGCUCGUCGGUAGAAAUUCCAAAGGAGUGGGUUGUGGUAAAGAAUUUAAAUGGAGUGCGCUACCAAAAAUAGAAGAUGAUCUAAUUCUUGAAUUAUUCAAAGUAAAAACGAUUGAUCAGGCUAAACAAUUAAUUCAAGCUGGAAAUUUCAAAGAAGCCAGACAUAAUUAUGAGUAUAGUAUUGAUCAGACUUUCUAUUUUUGA